ACCUCCCUCAGACUCAGAGCACAGAGAGCUUGAAACUCGAGGAAUUAAACACACUACAGUCUCUGGAGGACUGAGGAGAAACCUGUGGACAUAUGUGUGUGUGUGCGUGUGUGCGUGUGUGUGGAGCAGUAAAUCAUAAGAAACAUCAUCUGUUUAUACCUCAUUUGAAUAUCCUUAAGCAGGAAGAGUUUUGCAGGCUAUCUCCUCUUAAAACGCACCCUUGUGCCGGAGCCGAUCAGGCAGUAAGCCGAUCCCAGCGCUCAGCUCAAUAACCUGCGUUACGAUCUCCAGACUGCGGGAUGUUCUCGUCGGUGAAGCCCUUUGAAGAGCAGCACUUCUCAGCUCUGAGGAAACAGUGCCAGCAGAACAGGACUCUGUUUGAAGACCCCAGCUUCCCCGCUGUGGACCAGUCGCUCUUCUCUCAUGGAAACCGCAUCGGGAAAGUCACCUGGAAGAGGCCGAAGGAGCUGUGUGAAGACCCGCACUUGUUUGUGAACGGGAUCAGCGCUCAUGACCUGCACCAGGGGCAGCUGGGGAACUGCUGGUUUGUGGCGGCCUGCUCCAGUCUGGCCUCCAGAGAAGCUCUGUGGCAGAAGGUUAUCCCAGAUUGGAAGGACCAGGAAUGGGACAAGCAGAAGCCGGAGAGCUACGCUGGGAUUUUUCACUUUCGGUUCUGGCGUUUUGGAGAAUGGGUGGAUGUUGUUAUCGAUGACCGACUGCCGACCGCGAACGGGAAGCUCAUCUACUGCCACUCUAACGACAGUAACGAGUUCUGGAGUGCACUGGUGGAGAAAGCCUAUGCCAAGUUGUGUGGAUGUUAUGAGGCUCUGGAUGGCGGGAACACGGCCGACGCUCUCGUGGAUUUCACCGGCGGAGUCUCUGAGCCCAUGGAUCUGCUGGAGGGGAAGUUCAUCCAGGAGCAGGAGGCCCGAAAUCAGCUGUUCGAGCGCGUGCUGAAGGUCCACAACAGAGGAGGCCUGAUCAGCUGCUCCAUCAGAGCCACGAAUCAGGCAGACAUAGAAGCCCGUUUAGACUGCGGUCUGGUCAAAGGUCACGCGUAUGCAGUGACAGAUGUGCGUAAAGUGCGUCUGGGCACCGGCCUGCUGGCCUUCUUCAAAUCAGAGAAGCUCUCCAUGAUCCGCAUGAGGAACCCUUGGGGUGAGAGAGAGUGGAACGGAGCGUGGAGCGACAGCUCAGAGGAGUGGAAGAGAGUGAGUAAGGGUGAGCGAGAGAGGUUGGGUGUGACUGUGGAAGAUGAUGGCGAGUUCUGGAUGGAUUUUGAGGAUUUCUGCAAGUAUUUCACAGACCUGAUUCUGUGCCGCAUGAUUAACACGUCGUACCUGAGCAUCCACAAGACCUGGGAGGAGGAAGUGAUGCGGGGCUCCUGGUGUCGCCACGACGACCCUUUAAGGAACCGAUCAGGAGGCUGCAUCAACCACAAAGCCACGUUCCUGCAGAACCCACAGUAUGUGUUCGAUGUGACGAAGCCAGAGGAUGAGGUUCUGAUCUGCCUACAGCAGCAGGACAAGAGAGCUAAAGAUGGCAAAGGAGAGAAUGUGGUCAUCGGCUUUGACAUCCAAAGAGUGGAGCUGAACCGGACGUACCGCAUGCACACCAUCCAGAAAACAGUGGGCAGCUCCAUCUACAUUAACUCCCGCAGCGUGUUUCUGCGCAAGGACCUGAAGGAGGGCCGCUACGUCAUCGUUCCCACGACCUUUGACCCCGGCCUGCAGGGAGACUUCCUGUUGCGCAUCUUCACAGAUGUACCUGCUGCCUGCAAGGAGCUGAUGACAGACGAGCCGCCUCACACCUGCUGGACUGGGUGUUGUGGGUAUCCCAAGCUGGUCACACAGGUGCAUGUCCACAGAGCAGAUGGACUCCAGGCUCAGGACUCCGAUGGAGCGUCCGAUCCGUACGUCAUCAUCAGCUGUGAGGGACAGAAGGUUCGCUCUCCGGUUCACAAAAACACACAGAGCCCGGACUUCGACGUGAAGGCUGUGUUCUACAGGAAGAAGCCGAAGGAGCCGAUCCGCAUUCAGAUCUACAACAGGAACCUUCUGAAGGACUCGUUCAUGGGUCAGGCGGUCCUGAGCGGCGAUCUGUCCGACCUGCAGCAGCUUCACACGCUUCGCCUGCGGGACAAAGCUAACCGGCAGAACAACGAUCUUCCAGGUCUGGUGUCAGUGAGCCUCACUACCAGCGACGUCCUGACCAACAUCUGAGCGCUUCACGCCGACUGCAGUGGGCUUUUAAGCCUGCUCUGUGUCUGUGAUUAAUCCUGGAGUACUUUACACACUUGAUGUGUUGUGUUACACUUAUACUUACAUGCUCUUUAUUAGGGCUGGGGGGAAUCAAUGCCUCGCGAUUCAUGGAUAGAUUCUGAGAUUAUUUGGAUGCAUCAGUGUACAAAUGUAAUGUACUUUCACCUUGACUUUUAUGCUUUUAUGAUGUAAACACAGCCCACUAUGAACACCCUUUAAUUAGCUUCAAACUGAUUAUUUUAUGUUCUGUAACAAGUUCCUGUGUGUCAGGAACUGGACGCCAGCACAGUACGGCUGUUUCUAAAGCAUGCAGCUGUUAAAAACUAAGCUCAGAAUCGAUUCACGAGAGAAUUGCGAUGCAUUCCGAUAAUCUCAGAAUUGAUGCAGAAUAAUUACUUGAUUCGUGAUGCAUCGAUUCAUUGUCCCAGCUCUACUCUUUAUCUGUUUGGAGUCCUUCGGGAAUGUUUCUUGCAAGUGAAUUCACUUGUUUACAAGCACUUUUUAUAACCUAACAAGAGACCGUUUGGCCAAAAAUAAAAUUCUGCGAUCAUUUACUUACCCUCUUCUGUUGGACAUAAAGGAAGAAAUUUUGAAGAUUGUUGUUAACCCACGGUAGCCACUGACUUUCAUAGUAGAGAAAAAAAUACUAUGAAAGUCUAUGGGUACCGUCAGCUGUUUGGUUACCAACGUUCUUCAGAAUAUCUUCUUUUAUGUUCAACAGCUAAAAGAAAUUCAUACAGGUUUGGAACAGGUGAGUAAAUGAGAGAAUUGUCAUUUUUGGGUAAACCGUCCCUGUAAAGGUCUAAUUUUCUGCUAUAUACUGUAUACGUAUAAAUCAAGAUAUUGUAGGACAUGCAUUAUGAAUUAACAUGCAGUAUAUGCAUGUAUCUAAUACCACUAUCUAUUAUUCAGGUAUGUAGUUAUGAAUUCAGUUUUAUAUUCUGUCUGUAGUCAUGUUUUGACCUUUCAUCUGAAAUGGAGGGUAAAGGGCUUCUUCUCUUUAAAAUGUUUACACUAAAUGUUGGAAUAUGGAGGGCAUUCCUGUUUUUCUCUUUCAAAUAUUUGCAUUGUCUUGACCACAUGUUGAUUUUAUCACGCUUUUGUUAAAGGAAACAUUUCUCCAGAUGAUGAGGAGUUUUAUCCAGUGUUCAGGAUUCAUUUAUGUCUCUAACAUGGUGUUUGAAGUGAAUAUAUCAGACAGACUCUGUUUAAGGAAUGCAUGAUGAGUAUAAAUCUGUUUCAGAGCCAUAACGGUGAAUAUAAAUGCACUUACAAAUAUUGUUUACUAUGUGAGCAUCACUUGUGUAAAGACUAAUUCUGGCCACAAGGUGUCAGUAUGUCAACAGUAGAAGAAGCAGGUUUAUUUCUAUUUCAAGUGGUAAUAUGUAAUAUGAAAAUCAUUUUCUGCCUUGAGAAAAACAAACUUGAAAGAUGUACGUCAUAAAGCCAAAUUCUGCAUUAUUCUCCUCUGUUUUUACCCUAAUAGCAAAUGCCAAGAUGCUUUUUAGAUGUGAAAUAUGAGAAUCUCAGUACAACUGUGCCAUUUUACGAUCACUAUGAACGAUUUGUGUUUUAUCUUUUGUUCUUUUUCCGUUUCUUUGUGUGUAAUGCCUGUUGUUUACAGAUGAAGAUGUGCCUUAUCAGAACAGGUAAAAUAGCCAAAGAAAUCUUCAUCAUAUUCUGGGACCUAUCUUUUUGUAUAUUGAGAUUGUUUCUCUCACUGUUUCAUAAAAUCAAAUAAAGUUUCAUUUAAUGUUGA